AUGGAGCCAGCGGGCCAGUCAAGCACAACACCCAAUAUCGUUGUGCCAGCCAACCAUCAGCACCAGGUGAGCUCAGCGGUCCGAGAAGAAGGUGCCACGUUGUCGCCGCCGAACACGUGGUCCUCAUCGUCGGUGGAGCUCGACGAUGAGUCCGACAAUCGUCUAUUGUUCGCGUGCACCUUCUCGCUGCCACAGGGCACCGUCGUCUCGUCGGUGACGUACAAUGAUCAGUUCAACGAUCAAUACUUGCCGAUCGGCAGCAGUUUUCUCGAGCGUCUCGAGUCGAAGGGUCAAUCGUUCAUUUUGUCAGCGGCGGCCGCUUCGGUGAAGCAGCGAAUCUUCGCGCGUGUCACCAUGCCCGACAAUAGCCUUCGAGCUUGUGAGCUUCUGUGCGAAUUCGAGCGCGAUCGUGCCAAAACGACGGUGCUGGCGCUUCGCUCGGCGUUCUCGCCGUCGAUUCAUCCGUUCCACGUGUUCACGUUCAUCACGAAACAUUCGUCGACGUGCGCGCUAACCCAUAUAGAUUAUGCAUCGAUUCCCUACCUCGGCCUACUGCCCACCGAUCUCAUUGGAAAAUCCCUUCUCGCGUUCGUCUACGCGCCCGACGUGCACGUUGUGCGACAAGCUCACAUCGAUUUGCACAACUCGAGAGGCAAAGUGGUGAAGAGCAUCGCCGAAUUGCGGCUCGUCGCGCACAAUGGAGCAAUCCUUCGAUCGCAAACCGAAUGGUCGGCCUAUCUGAACCCGUGGACGAAGAAGAUCGAGCUCGUCGUCGCGAGACAUCGCAUCUGUUCGGUCCCGAUUGGAGACGCCGACGUUCUUGCAGCGCCCGCCAACGGCCAACAGACCAACGUGCUACCGCCGGUGAUGGCGAAGACGUUCGAGGAUGAGCUGCGAUCGAUAAUGAAUCGACCGGUACCGUCGACAUCGGCUCGCAAAGAAUGCUCGCAUCCGUCGCCGUCGGCGGCCGCGGCCGCCACCGCCGCCGCGUUCUUCGGCUCGUGCCAACAUCCGUCGGAUCUUGGCGUCUACAUCGACAAACUCGUCGAGCAUCUCGUCGUGAACAGCACCGCGCAACAGCAGCAGAAGGCCGCGCAACGGAAGAUGACGACGGCGUCGAGUCCGACGUCGUCGAGCGGCGCUGGUGGCGCCGAGCCGCCGUUGUCCUACACCCAAAUCAAUUGUCUGGAGAAUGUGCAUCGUCUUCUCAAAUCGCAAUCGCGACCCGACACGCCUGCCAAGGAUUUGGAGCCGUUCGAUGAGAAGAAAUACCCGCCGGCGAUCCCAUUGACCAAAGAAUCACUACAGCAACACACAAAGCGGUUCGAGGAAGAAUACAAAGACACAUGGUGCAGGCGACUCAAGCGUCUGUCGGAUGAUGUGCCGUGCUCGCCGCCGCCGCCAGCGAAACACGCGCGACCCGGCUUGACGACGCCGCCGUUGAAUUGGACGGCAGCGCAGCGGCACGAGUUCUAUCGGAGUCUGGCGCCGAAUCCACCGCCGCCGCCUGGCAAAAACUAUCAGAUCACCUACACGCCACUCGACGACAUCAAACCGUGUGUCGAGCCGAAGCCGUCGUCGACGCCGAAAUCGGACGUCGAGAAUGCUUCGACCGCGUUCACCACGAUCAACUCGUCAUCGAAACACAGUAGUAGUGUUGGUCAUCAUAACGCGCGCCAAGUAAUGUCGCCGAGCAAUCAUCAUGUGAUCAAUUCGACGGCGACGUCGGCGAUCGGAAGUCCGACGAGCGGCUCGAACACACCGCCGACACUUCAAGUACUACGGGAUACGAAUGUGCAAUCGUCUUCGACAUCAUCAUCAUCAUCAUAG